CCCAUAAGCUGACCAAUACUCCGUUGCCCAAUUGCUCGGUUCAGAUCAAAGGAUUUUAUUCAAAAUUUUCUAUUCAUAUCAAAAGCAUACUCUUCACACAACUUCAAGCCUGAGAAUUUUGAAGACAUUUCCGUGCGUUCAUAAAUUUGACUGUUAAUCGAUUGCUUGGCAGUUGGGUUUUUAAGAUCCUCUCUCUAAAUUUCUUUGAAUACCACCGCCAAUUUAUUAGAUUCUUUAAAUUUCCGUUUAAAAUCUGGGUAAGAGUUUCAACUUAGGGAUUAUGUUAAGAUAGGGUUGUUGAAUCGCGUGCAGAUUUUCGUUUUGUUUGCUGAAAGAAAUCCCCCUUCUAAAUACAAUGGAUUCUAGGAAUUCGCAGGAUGGAGAAUCCGGCAUACCUUUUAUGGCUGAUGAAUAUGCAACAAGGGACGAUCGGCCUGGUAUUCCGCAGCUAUUUACAUCAAUGCCACCAGCUCUGAAUGAGGCGGCGUUGUAUCUUGCUGAAACAACUUCGAUUUUCACGCGCUGUUUUACUUCUGCUUCUGCACAACCUGCAUCUGGAUACUCCGGUGGACAAGAAUUGGUGACAUUUUCUUCUGGAGAAACCGAAGGCUCUAUAGCUAAAAAUGAAGUGUCCUCAAGUGGAAGAAUUUCGUCUACUUUGGAAUCAUUUCACACACAGGUUGAUGCUCCAGCAGUCCAUGGUGAAUUAAUUAUGAGUGCAGCUGGAGAGCAUUCCCAAAAUUCUAACAUGCUCGCGAGAUCAAAUAAUACCAACCAAAACGGCAUUCCUCUUUUUCAAGGCCUCAUUGAACGGGUGAGGAAGACGGUUCGUGGUUCUGCUGAUGAUAUUGGAUGGCUACAACGAGCUGUAGAAAUGCCUCCAGUUGAAGAUGGAACUGGAAGAUUUAUGGAAAUACUUGAUGAUAUUAGGCAUGGUUUGCACAAGUUGCCAAAUACAAUGGUUUACUUGUUGGUUCCAGGUCUUUUCAGCAACCAUGGGCCUCUUUAUUUCACUAAUACAAAAACAAGUUUUUCGAAGAUGGGCCUCACCUGUCACAUAGCCAAAAUUCACAGCGAGGCUUCGGUGGAUAAGAAUGCUAAAGAGAUAAAAGACUACAUUGAAGAAAUAUAUUGGGGUUCUGGUAAGCGUGUUUUGCUUCUUGGGCACAGUAAAGGGGGAGUAGAUUCUGCUGCUGCUUUAUCCAUGUAUUGGGAUGAACUCAAAGAUAAGGUUGCUGGUUUAGCAUUAGCACAGAGUCCUUAUGGUGGUAGUCCCAUUGCUUCGGAUAUACUACGAGAAGGACAGCUUGGUGAUUACGUUAACAUCCGUAAGGUUAUGGAGAUCCUGAUCUGCAAAGUGAUCAAGGGGGACUUGCAGGCUCUAGAAGAUUUAACUUACGAGAAGCGGAAGGACUUCUUGAGAAAAUACCAUCUGCCGAGGGAGCUACCUGUUGUUUCUUUCCACACAGAAGCCAGUAUUUCUCCUGCUGUUUUGGCGACAUUAUCCCGUGUUGCGCAUGCAGAACUGCCUGUGUUUCCUACCCUCUCUGCUGGCCAACCCACAACACUACCAGUGGUGAUACCGCUUGGUGCUGCAAUGGCAGCAUGUGCCCAACUUCUUCAGACCAGGUAUGGGGAAAAGAGUGAUGGACUGGUAACUUGUCGCGAUGCAGAGGUUCCGGGUUCUGUUGUGGUUCGACCGAAGCGCAAAUUAGAUCAUGCUUGGAUGGUUUAUUCAUCAAUGAACGAUGAUACUUCGGAAGCAGAUGCUUCUCAAGUUUGUGAGGCUCUUCUGGCUUUGCUUGUAGAGGUUGGAGAGAACAAAAAACGUGAAAUUAUCAACAGAUCUCAAUGAAUUACUUGUAAUUCGCUUUGUUUAUUGUAAUGCGAAUUUGGGGUUAAUUAGUAAAUCAAAUUGAUUCAUUUGUUCUUUUGAAA